AUGGAUUCGAUCGUCGUUCACCUCAUUCUCGUCGUCUCUACUCUCACCCUUUUUGUGAGUUUUCCUGAUGUAAUGAGGGAAACUGAAACAUUUCAGACAUAUUCUGUCGUCGGAUGUGGUGGCAAAAAGAAGCCGAAGGAGCAUGCUGGAGAGCCGGCGAGUAAUAAGACUCCGAGUGUUUCGGCGAAUCCGCCUCCUCCACCUCCGCCGCCUGCUCCCGCUGAUCAACCGGAAUUGAAGAAGGACGAAGUGAAGGAGAAAUCAGUUGUGCAGCUGGAAAAGGUGAGAUCUGAGUUUGGUGGAGUGGAUCAGCAUAAAUGGAUUCAGAAGGCGAGUGAGAACAAGGAUGGAGCUGAGAAAGAGAAAACGAAGAGUAAGAAUGACAAGACGAAAACGAAGGACAGUAAGAAGGAAAAUGAGAAGAAGGAGGAGGAGAAGAAGGAAAAGACAAAGGAAGAAAAGAAGAAAGAAGAAGAAGCUGCUGCUGCUGGUGCUCCGCCGGCUCGAAAUGCGGAUGAUAAAGUACGGUUGUCUUCUGUCCUCUCUUUGAUUUAAUCCUUUUCCUUAACAGCAAGGGGUGAUAACUGAUCCGAUUGUGACGCCAGAGACGGACGAAUUCCCAACGAUUGAGGAGGAAAAGAAAGAGAAAGACGAGAAGAAGAGCAAGAAAGAAGACGAAGGAAAGGAGAAUAUCAAGAAGCCGAGCAAGACAAAUCUCGCCUGA